UGGAGCAGGUGUUCCCCAAACAGCCUGACAAGCAGUGGGGCCGCCAUGGUGCUGUUGAUUGGAGCUGGUCUGUGGUCUGUGGUCAUAUUCACGGUCGUCUUCCUGCUUCUGGUGGACCUGAUGUACCGACGAAAGUUCUGGAGUGCCCGCUACCCUCCAGGCCCUGUGCCGCUACCUGGGCUGGGCAACCUGCUGCAGGUGGACUUCCAGAACAUGCCUUACAGUUUGUACAAGCUUCAACAACGCUAUGGUGACGUGUUCAGCCUGCAGAUGGCCUGGAAGCCCGUGGUUGUGGUCAAUGGACUGAAGGCGGUUCGGGAAGUGCUGGUGAACUGUGGAGAGGACACCUCUGACCGCCCUCCAAUGCCCAUCUAUGAUCACCUGGGCUAUGGGCACAAAUCUAAAGGUCAUCCCUUUAAUCCCAUCACCCUCCUGAAUAAAGGUGUAUGCAAUGUGAUUUCAUCCCUCAUCUAUGCCCAUCGCUUCGAGUAUGAAGACCCUUUCUUAAACUGGCUGCUCAAAACAUUACAGGAAAGUUUUGGAGAGGACUCUGGCUUCAUUGCUGAGGCGUUGAAUGCUGUCCCGGUGCUCCUUCAAAUCCCUGGUUUUCCUGGCACAGCCUUCCCCAAGACGACAGCAUUUGUAAAUUCACUGGAUAAGAUGUUGAUUGAUCACAAGACAUCCUGGGACCCCGCCCAGCCUCCCCGAGACCUGACAGAUGCUUUCCUGGCUGAGAUAGAGAAGGCCAAGGGGAAUCCCAAGAGCUCCUUCAAUGAUGAGAACCUGCGUGUGGUGGUGGCUGACAUGUUCACUGCAGGGAUAGUGACCACCUCAACCACACUGUCCUGGGCCCUGCUGCUCAUGAUCCUGCACCCGGAUGUGCAGAGCCGUGUCCACCAGGAGAUUGAUGAAGUCAUAGGGCAGGGCCGGCGUCCAGAGAUGGCAGACCAGGCCCGCAUGCCCUACACCAAUGCUGUCAUUCAUGAGGUGCAACGAUUUGCAGACAUUGCCCCAAUGAAUAUACCACACAUGACAUCCCGUGACAUUGAAGUGCAGGGCUUCCUCAUCCCCAAGGGAACGACCCUCAUCCCCAACCUGUCCUCCGUGCUGAAGGAUGAGACUGUCUGGGAGAAGCCCCUCCAGUUCCACCCUGAACACUUCCUGGAUGCCCAGGGCCACUUUGUGAAGCAUGAGGCCUUCAUGCCAUUCUCAGCAGGCCGCAGAGCAUGUCUGGGGGAGCCUCUGGCCCGCAUGGAGCUCUUCCUCUUCUUCACCUGCCUCCUGCAGCGCUUUAGCUUCUCGGUGCCUGAUGGACAGCCCCGGCCCAGCGACCACGGGGUCUUCACAUUGCCAGUUACCCCAGUCCCCUACGAGCUCUGCGCAGUUGUGCGCUAGAAAGAACAGCAGCUCCAACCUUUCCCAAGCUUGUGCUAAUUGAUGUCCAAUAAACCUGUUCUGUGGCUGCCACUCUU